GCGUGCGCCUAUCAGCGAAUGACGCCUCCAUCCAUCAGGAAGCAGGGCAGCGAAGUUGUUGGGGGAAGAUGCUCUAUAUUUCAGCGAUCGAGGGCGAGUCCAGAGUGAGGGGCGCGGUGUUGGUGGAUGUUCUGCAGGUGUUCUGACGUGGAAUGCACCUGGACAAGAUCCAACCAGGCCGGGAUUCCAAAACCAGUUUGGCAGCUUUUGCUCUUCACCACCCUUCCGCGACCCAUCACUGGCCAAGCAGCCCUCUGAAACAUGGGGCGCCACACAGAAUUCGCAGGGAGGGAGCGCCGACGACGCCAAUGAAACGCAGCCAGCUCAGCCGCUGCCCCAACCCAGCCCUGGAGUGCCGUGAGGGAUCCUCGGUUGGUGGACCUCCCGCUUUGGAAGUGCAACCUUGGCGGCUUAACCCAUUCAGCGACUGGAGUAGUCACCGCAGGCUCUUUACGCAGCAGUCCUCGAGCUUUGCACGUUUCGAUGAAAGGAAGAAACAUAAUCGAAGUUUCCUUGAUGCCAUGGGCGCUAACUCAGAUAGGCGGGCGCGCUUGGUAUUUCUCUGCAUGCGAAUGGUCGGCGCCUUCAAAGAUGGAAAUGUGCUGGUGGAGAUGGAUGCGUUAAUAAAAGUAAAGACACGGUAUCAUUAUUUAUAUCUAUUUGGACAAUACUCCGUGCUAGCUUCACGAUUAGCUCAGCUGGUUUUCUCUAGAUUCCGGUUGGUCUCCUAAUAAACGACUAGGCACUAUUCCGGAGCCACCCUAUCGCCAAGGCAUGACGUUGACUGGCCGGUAUGCUGCAGGACUAUUACUCGCGAAGAUAUGUUCAAACUCGAUCAAUACUUAUAUCGGUGGAGGAGUGGAAAAGUCAGCCUGUUUGUACAGGAAAACC